AUUGGGUUAAAUUAUUCUGUUCCCAAAAGUACUAUUACCGCGAAAUUUGGAGGUCAAAUUGCUUGAUGAUCUCUAAGUUCUCUGAGGCUAAGGUUGGGUGGGAUAUUGCUAGAUGAAAAUGAUGAGUAGUGCAUAAGCCAAAAAUUGAUUGCAUCACAAAUUAUUUUUAAUGUAGGGAAUCUUGUUGUCUUUAGGACAGACAAAGAAUCUCAUUUCAAACUAGGUAUAUACCCAUGAAUACAUCUUGUGACCCCAGUAGAAGUUUUUUAUUGUAGGAGUAGACAAAUUAAUGGGGUAGCCAAAGAUGUUUCUUUAAACACUUUUUUAUGGAAAAGAACCAAUUACAGAGUGCUUUGACUAGGAUUAAGAUUUAAGAAUGUUUGAUUAUGUUGCUUUCAUCACCAUUGAUGGACAAAGAUGUGCAAUGAGUUGUAGACACUAUGUAUAUUCUCUAAUAAUCACGCCUCGCCUUUUGUAAUCAAGCUCAUUAAUUAAAGUAAAUGGAAAUUUUGAACUCUUUUAUCAUUUUCACCUCCACUGUCUCUUAUAUACCAGCUCCUCCUUUAAGCUUUAGAGCUGUUUUUAUAUAUCUGGAAACACUUUUGUUCUAUAUAUAACACCUUGUUCCUGACACUGUGACACAUCAUACUCACAGUAACUACACCUUUUUGAGAGCUAUGUCAACGGCUACGGCCAUUGAUGACACUGAUGAGCUGAAUAUUUCCAGCUAUAGCGCCACUAGUAUUCUCACCCCUUCUAAUGAGUGUGACAUUACCUGUAAGUGGAAUGACUGGUCUCCAGUGAUCGACUGGGAUGCUUUAUCGUCUGAUCAUGAUGAUAUUUGUGAUCUCAUUCAAUCCCUGGUUGACGACGGGGGAUUGGUACAGAGUCCAGUAACCCACGGGACAUCCAUUGACACUAUGUCUGUGGAUGAUGAAGAGACCAACAGUGAGGAUUCUAAAGGGCUGAGGCUUGUCCACCUGUUGAUGGCGGCAGCUGAGGCACUGACUGGUGUGAACAAGAGCCGGGAUUUGGCUCGAGUGAUAUUGAUUCGGCUCAAGGAGUUGGUGUCCGUAAAUGGAACCAAUAUGGAGAGGUUGGCAGCAUACUUUACCGAUGCCUUGUACAUUCUGGUAGACGGUAAGGACUUGGUAGGCAGUGGGCAGGAUUACAAGCAUCGCUGUCACCAGACGGACGUGGUUGCUGCAUUUCAGCUGCUGCAAGACAUAUCUCCUUGUGUGAAAUUUGGACACUUCACAGCAAAUCAAGCUAUUCUGGAAGCUGUGGCCCAAGAUAGACGGGUGCACAUAGUAGAUUAUGAUAUCAUGGAGGGGAUUCAAUGGGCUUCACUGAUGCAAGCAUUAGUGUCAAGGAAGGAUGGCGCGCCUGUCCCACAUCUUAGGAUCACUGCCUUGUCGAGGAGUGGGAGCAGAAGAUCGAUUGGGACAGUGCAAGAGACGGGUCGCCGUUUGAUCGCAUUUGCUGCAUCAAUCGGUCAGCCGUUUUCCUUCCACCAAUGUAGGUUGGACUCUGAUGAUACAUUCCGACCUUCUUCUUUGAAGUUAGUGAGAGGGGAAGCCUUGAUGAUCAACUGCAUGCUGCACCUACCACAUUCUAACUAUCAGGCACCGCAUUCAAUCAUUUCAUUUUUAUCUGGAGUAAAGACCCUAAAUCCGAGGUUGGUGACUCUAGUUGAAGAGGAGACGGGGACUAUAGGGGAUGGAGGUUUUGUGAGCUGGUUCAUGGACUCAUUGCAGCAUUACUCUGCCUUCUAUGACUCGCUGGAGGCUGGAUUCCCAAUCCCAAUGCAAGACCGAGCUCGGACCCUGGUUGAAAGAGUAUUCUUGGGGCCGAGAAUAGCUGGGUCGUUGACCCGGAUUUACCAGACCAGUGGCGAGGAACGAGGCUCUUGGUGGGAAUGGUUGGGCAGUGUUGGUUACCAGCCAGCAAGCAUAAGCUUUGCCAAUCAUUGUCAAGCGAAGCUUUUGUUGGGAUUGUUCAAUGACGGAUAUAGGGUGGACGAGUUGGCCAACAAUAGGCUCGUUCUAGGUUGGAAAUCCAGGAAUUUUCUCGCUGCAUCUAUUUGGACUUCUAUUCCAGAAUCCGAGUCCUAAAUUGUUUUCUUUACAUCAACCUGGAUGUCUUCUUUCACUUUUUCCUGCUUCUACAUGAUUUGUUGUAUGGAUUUGUCGGUUGUUCAACAUGCAGUGUUCUUGUACCAUUUCAUUCCCCACUAAAAAAAUUACAUGGCGAAUUAUAUCAUCGAGCCUUAAAAUUUGGAAUGUCGUAUGGUUGUAUAAG